CACAUCGAAGAUCGCGAAGUCAAGGACUUAAUCUUUUGAACUCAUUAAACUUAUCGAUCUCCUCGAACUAGAGGACGCAUAGACAAAAAAACACAGUUUUAUUAGUAAGAAAAGAAAGGUAUAAGUCAAGAGAGAGCAAUGUUGCUUUCUGAGAGGACGGCCACAGUAAAAAAUGUGUUUGUUGACAUGAUCUCCGCGGGCCGUUUCCAAGUGUUUAUUUGGUGACAAGAACAAUGACAGAUGGUAUGUAAGUCUUUUCAAGCAAUUGAAUGUGCUGUACUGCUCACCCACCGUGUAUAUACGCAUAUACAUAGUCAGCUUCAGUCAGCUAGCUUUGAUUUUAUGUGGUUUGAACGCAAAAUUAGUGCUAAAAACAUAGGUUGGAACCUCGUACGUAUUGUUUUAAUUAGGAGUUCAGGAAACAAUACACAAUUUUACCCAAAUCAGACAUUCAGUAAUUAAGCGCAAUUCUGGAUUGUUACUCCUUUUGGGCUCUAUUCUGUGUGACUAUCGAACUAACUUGGCUAUUAAUGAUGGCAAAUGGAAAGAGAUAAGUUUCUACAUAAACUGUGAUGCUGCGUCGGUGGGAGGGGGGGGAGAGAUAGUUUAGUUUUAUCAACUGAAUUGAUAAAUGAUAGUGAAUUGGCCAUCGUAAAGAGUUACUUACGCUGACAUUUAAAACAUUGGUCCUUCGUCCGAAUGAACAGAUAAAGGCGACAAUAAAACUAUCAGUGACAAAGGAUUUAACUUCCAGGCCAAAGUUACAGCUUGUUAAAAGCUCAGCCUCAAUGUAAAUAUGUUCUCUUAGGAUGGGGAGAAAGUUGCUUUUGUGGUGAAUUUUAAUUUUUUCUGCAAAAUAAUGGCAGAUAUCAAACAAACUUAUUUUCUGGGUUUUGUUUUUAGUUUGCUUAUUGGUUUGCUCUGGCUCAAUUUGAAAAGAAGAGCUGUUUGGUUUUAUUUGAUAAUCAAACUCAAUUGAACACAGAUGUAUUACAUUCCUGUUACCCAUCUCAGCCUUGUCUGAAUAUUGACUUCUCAUUUAACUUGACAUUUCAGUUUGCGGCUCUGUAUUCUUGAUCUUUUAUUCCCCAUCCAUGACUUCUCACUCAUUCUUUGUUUUGAGUUUCUACAUAACUGUAAUCAUACAUGGAGUUUAACACAAUGAAAAGUAAAUAAAUAAUUAAACAGGAGCCUUCAUUUGACACAAAAAUGUGCUAGUUUAUUUGUCCACAGACAUGAUGUGUUUCAAAGUGCAAACAGUUUUCUGAAAGCAAAGCUCAAGGAAAACUGUGAGCUUCGAGGAACAGAUAAUGUCUAAGAACAAAUAUAUAAGCAUAUUUUUGCACCAAAUGGAAGCUAUUGUUUUUAGUAUCCUCCAGUAUUUUUGCAACACACUGGUAAAAUGUUUAUGAACUGUUUGCUACAUGUGAGAUGUUUGCUUUUGCGUUCUCUGGUAGAACCCUAUGAACAAACAGACAUGUCCCUUCUUUUGCAUCAAUAGGUAAAUGCUCUCUCAUCUUAAAAUAAAUUUUAAUGAAUGCUUUUAUCACAAGGUUUGAAAAUUGGUGAAUAUCACCAAGGGUAUAACCAAUAUUCCUUAGUUUGAGCAGGGGUACAGUCAAUCAAAUGUGAUGUAUCUAGACCAAUGUCACACAAACAAAAAUAUUUGAUGGGUUACAAUGUAUAAUGGUUAUCGUUGUAUCUCUCUGUUAGUACAUCUGCUAUGGUUCAUCAGUUUAGAAGGCAGUAUUGUACUCUAUGGCUUAGUAAAUUCAAAGUUUGUUUGAAUUGAAAAUUUCCCACUCUGUCUAAACUCAGAGAUAUUGAAAAUAUCUUACUAUCCUUUUCUCAGUUUGUACAGUAAGUUGUGGAAGUUAGUUUUAUCGCACAGAUUUAUGGCUUGAGUGCUUGGUGCUUGGGCCAUAAUUUGAGUGAAAAAAAACUAGUCAGUAACAUACAGAACAGACCUUGAACUAGGUUAGUAAGAGGUAAUUGGUAGGCUGAGUUUUAACCAUAGAUACAGGUACAUAUUGAAUUUACAAUGCCUUUCUCCAAUCACUUUGUCUGUUUUCCUCUUUUUUUUAACCUUUAACCUUUAAGAUGUACCUGGUCAUUAUGAUGAUGUUACAAAGUUUUAUAGUUCAUCUACACUGCCUAAUCUUUGCCAUAGUUCUCUUUAAGGUUGGGAAAAAACUCACACAGCAUAAUCUUUAAACUAUGACGACAAACCUACAGGAAGCUUUAAUGUUUGUGACUCAAGAAUAAUGAUGAGGAACAGCAACACAAGUAGUGUUACAAGACAAGUACACUUUGCAAAUGGUUUUCCACCAAAGGGUCUGGUGCAAGCUGUAGUUCCCUACCAACAGUCAACAUCAGCUGUGAAGCACUAUGUCAGCUUGGUAGGUUUUCAAAUAAUCUGCAGUGAACUCAUUUAGUUCCAGGACUGACCAAUAAGUAUUUUCUCCCUUCAAUAUAUUUGCAACAUCAAGCAGACAAUGGCAAAAAUGAAAACAUACAUAUCUCCUUUGAGAGAUGUUAUGUAAUAGGUAAAGGUAGAGGUAAAGAAUCUGCUCCUACCGACAAAUCAGCUUACUGUUGACCGACUGUCAGCUGACUUGCUGGCUACCAUUUAUCCUUCUAAUAUAUAAGAUGUGUUGGUGGUGUGUCAGUGGUGUGUCACUGGUGUGUCACUGACUUUGUUUGGGCCUUAUUUAUGCAAAGCAAUGCUAAACCUUCCUUUUCCACACUUAUCUGUAACAUCUUCUUUGGAAAACUUUCACUCGCGAUAUGAAAAUGAAUUAUGUCCUUUUGGCCAUCGUCUUGUUUGUCAUGUUAUUGGAACCCAGGAGCUAAAGGAGCUGGUUUUUUCGGUGACAAAACCCUCUACGAAUAGAAGGCAUCAUCCACUGCCAGCAGCAACAGCUUCUUUGUGAGGUGAAGUCUUUUAACAACUGGAAGGAGUCCACCCAGCUGCUUCCAACAUUCCUGCUCAAUGGUUUUUUUGGCUAGCUAGGGGUUCCCUAGCCUCUCCAAGGUGCUUUGAAAUGUCACCUGAUUGACAAUUCUCAGCUCCGCAAUACCCAGGAAGUCCCUAAUAGUGUUACAUGCUGUUCCUGCCAGUCUAUAGGCAUUAUUUUGGCUGCACUUCUUCUCCUGGAGGGUGGACAGCACAGCUGCGUAGCAUCAAUGAAUUUCAGCUGGGUUGUUUUGGUGCACCUUCAAGAAGCCUCUUGGUUUGCAGUUUAUGGUACCUCAGGAUUCUGCAAUGCUCGGAGCUGCCGUUCAAGGGCAUUAAUCUGCUUAUCCUUUUCCUUAAUCUCCUCUUUGUAGGCAGCAACACGCUCCUCACUUUACUGCCAUCUCGUCAGCAUCUUGCUGGGCCUGAUUUAGCUGCUCAUCCUUGUCUUGGCAGCUCUCUUUUAAUUCAUCAUACUGGGCCUUGAUAGUUUUGUAGGCUUUGCCGAGUUGCUGGUUUUUUUGUGUCAGCUGCCUACAAAUGGCUUUAUAGUUUGGCUCAGUUUCUGGAGACUUUGGCUGUUCUGCGGCUCUCUUUCCUAUUUUCUGCCUCAGCUGGUGCCUGUUGACAAUUGCAUUCAUAACUGUCACCACUACAUGAGCUGCACAUAGCUAAACAGUGCAUUCAAGUGUGACCAGCUUGACCACAGACAGUACAGAUCGAGGGAUCUAACAUUCCAUUAAGUACCUUGCUACAUCUUAUGUUCUUAUGGGCUAUGCAGAUUUCAGGGAGCAAAAUCUCAUGGCUUACCAGUCUUUCAAAACCUAUUAAGUGGGUAGUGAGAUCAAUCUGUUCCAACAAGAUCCUGAAUGCUGAAAUUAAACUUGGAGGUUUAAGAAAGACCAUGGAGAUAGAUGAGUCUAAGUUUGGUGACAAGGGUAAAUAGAAGAGAGGGAGAGUAUCGGAAGGUCCAUGGGUGUUUUCGGGGUUGUGGAGCAAGGGUAGCAGAAGGUGCUGGUCUUCCAUGUUCCCAACAGAACUAGAGAGACACACGUGCAUUAUCUUAUCACACAUCCUUCCUGGAACUACCAUCUACUCAGAUCAAUUCACUCUGUACAUACCACUCAAUCAGCUAGGAUACAUCCAUCUAUUGAUGAACCACUCCAAGAACUUUGUUGAGCCUGACAGUGGUGCACACACCAAUACCAUCAAAGGCGUUUGGGCCUUGAUCAAGAAGAAGUUGAGGUGCAUGUGUGGUACUUUGUAUGAGUACAUACUGAGCUAUUUAGAUGAGUUCACCUGGUUCAGGAACUUUGGAAGACAGCUGCUUGAAGACAUUACCAAACAGUUUCCAGUGCAGUAAAACUGCAAUUAAAAACAGCUCCUUAGGAGCCACCACAUAUUCAAAAGUCAGUGAUCAAUAAAGAUUUUUUGCUUCCUAAUCAUGCUAAUAAACAAAAAGUAAACAUGUUGGUGAGAUCAGUGUCAGCCGACAUGCUAACUUCCUCGGUUAAGUACCCUUAAAAAAAAAAAAACCCAGGAGAAGACCUAGGUACUAGUAUUUCAUUCUCAAAAUGGUGGUGAGUUAGAUUUCUUUUCCUACGAAGCUGAUCUUGCCUCCAACACUAUGUAGUGUUUUGUCCUCAAAAUGGCAACGAUGUAGAGUUCCUUUUCUUAUACGGUCAAUCUUACCAACGCGUUGGUCGAUCUUACCAACAUGCAACAUGCUGACUCCUUUGGUAUCCAACCCUUGAAAAAAAAAAAGAAACUAGGAGAUGACCUGGGUAUUAGUGUUUCAUUCUCAAAAUGGUGGUGAUUUAGAUUUCUUUUCCUACAUAGCUGGUCUUAUGCAUUCGAUCCUACCAACUCAUCUAUAGUGUGCCAGCUGAUGCAUCAGUAGUGUGUUGGCCAACAUGUUGGUAGUGUGUUGGCCAACAUGUUGGUAGUGUGUUGGCCAACGUGUUGGUAGUGUGUCAGUAGUGUGUUGGCCCACAUGUUGGCUGCCAUGUUGGCCGACAUGUUGGUAGGAUUGGAUUCUUUACUUUUAUCAUGAACAUUAAUGUAUGGCAGCUGCACUUAAGAAUAACCAUUUGAACAUUUCAUCUAGUGAAAUGAUCUUAGUCAUCAAUCAUCCUGUUGUUGGUAAGUGACUCCAGCUUUCCAACAUUAUGGGACUAAAUAAUGUACUAUUAACACAAGCUUCUCUUGUUUUGAUAAGCUUUUCUUUUUACCACCAAAAAUUUGGCAUUUGUACUUUCUAUUGUGGUGUUCUUUAUUACAGUAUAACAGCACUGUGAAAGUAACACUAACAGAAAAUAUUUAAAAAUCUCAUUGUCUUCUAUUAUCUUAGGAUGAAGUUUCACCUGGCCAGAUUAGAAGAACACACCGAACAAUUCCACCUCUGGCCAUGGGGCGUGGUCAGUUCUGUAGCAUCAGAGCUAGACCUGAAGAUGAACGAUAUGUAAGGCACUGCUUAUGGAUCAUACUAUUUUUUUAACUAUCUUGUGUGGUAUUAGAAAUAUACAACUGUACAUUUAGUAACAAUGUGGGCAUAGCAUUCUAAACAGGAUUCAUUCUGUGAUUUUCUCUUCUGGACUCUGGAUAGCUAAAAUCAUACUAGGUCAAACUCUUCUAUUAAUUCACUCUUUUAAUUUUGCUUCUUGAUUUUGUUUCAUUAUUGGUAAAAAGAAGAGAAGACCAGAUCCUUUCAAAUUACCCAAGGCUGCAGAGAAGACUGGAUUUCCUGCUUCACAAAUUAAGGUUAGAAACAAUUUGUUCAGUGCUGAUGAUUCAAUGAUUGAAAUCAUUCAGAGUUUUCAUGAACUUUAGCACAUUUUGCUUAUUUCAUGCCCUGAUUUGCAGUCAAUCAUUAAAAGUGAAGCCUGUAUGCUUUGAAAUACAUGUCUUUGAAUGUAAUAUUGCAUUAGUACUAACAGUAAGUCUUUUUUUUGUUUUGUUAUGAUAUGUGACAGCAUGCUAAGCCAAGAAUUUUGAGAGCAUGCCAUUCAACAGAGCCAGCAACUCCCCCUCCUGUCACUACCCCGGUCUAUGAUGUGAGAUAUUCAACAAGGUAAGUCCCAAGAGGAUGACGUAUAAAGUAUGUUGAACUUGUUUACUUUAUUUGUGAUUUUAAAAUCAGAGCAUGUGGAUUGCAAAUACCUGGACAAUAGUUGUUAAUACAACAGUACCAUAGUAUAAGUUGUGUUUUUUUACUGUUUAUCAUUCCCCUACAGUAUAGAAUGAUGACCUUAUGCAGCAAUUCUGUGCUGAAUUCUUUUUAAAACCUAUAAAUAUGCAGCAAAAGUUUCUAGGAAUUAUUUGCAAGUUGUGCAGUCAGUCAAAAUCAGCAUCAACACAGUACAAUUCUAGCUGUGCAUAACAAAGCAUCAACUUACUGUAACUAGAACAAUAUUAUAUAACACCAUAUGGGUUAUUAUUUCUGACAAGAAGGUUCAGUAGCCUGCACAAAAGAAGCCAUCAGAGCAGGUGGUGAAGAUUUAUCUUGAUUAACCAUGGUUAUUGUUGGAAAAUGGUUAUUGCUCUAAGCUAGUACUUUCUAAGGCUUCGGUGAUUUAAUUGGUAAGGAUAUAAAAUUGUUUGUAGUAUCUUUUAAUUCUGUGGUAAAUCACUAGUCUUAUAGUAAUCUUGGUGAUUAUGUAUAGCAAGUAAGAAAUUUCUUAUCAUGGUGUUGGUUCAUAUUUUCCAGGAGAACAGUUUAUUCCAAUCCACCAAACAGGCCCCAGGAAAGUGAUCUUGAAGAUAACUUUGUGCUUCCAGCAGAGCUUAACUCCAAAAAUAAUAAAAUUAUAUCCGAUGUUGAAAACCAAACCAUUCAGGCAGAGCUUGCUGGGCUUGAGGAAGUCUAUCAACGAGUAUGUCAUGUAAGUGAGCAACAUUUUUUCACUUCCAUGAAUAUAAGACUUUGCCACCCCUCCUGUGGCUUGUGAAGAUGAGUUGUAUUACUUGUAAGUGGCAGAGUGAAAUUGUUGAAAUUUCCAUGUACUAACUUAAAGGAUGUUUCUGUCAAUUAAAAUUAAUGUUAACAUUGAAGCUCUGCAGCAUACAAUUUGAAAGUUUUUUGGUUUAUUGUGUUACCUUGUACAGGGAAGAAUAGAGUCUCUACACAGUCUUAUGUAUCCUAGUCGAAGGGAUACCAAAAAGGGUUUAGUGCAGUACAUUAACACUUCUGCACCAGUGCAGCUUAGGUAAGAAAACUGUCUGACUUUUAACUGACUGAUGAUUGAUUGCAUGUAUAAUGGUUUAAAAGAUAAAUAGACUAAGUUAGUUUGAUUUGUUCCCUUCUGUAUUUCUUACCUUUUGUUGUUUUUAUGAGGUCUUAACUCUAACCAGAAGUGAUUAAAACUUGGCUGAAGAAUUCAGCCUUGUGGAAGGGGGUUAUUUUCCAAAUUUAGAUUGUGGUUUUUAUUGAAAGGAGGGUAUGUGAUCUUAUGCUCAUUUGAAGUUAGAGAUAAGGAUGAUUCUUUCUGUUCAGUGAUGUUUUUUAGCUACCACAAGACCUCUUUAUUGUUAUUAUGUCUGAGUCAAGUACUUUUGGUGUAUUAGUGAAAGGAGAUCCUUGCAAAGUUAAGGAGAUAUUAUUUUGUCUGAAUAUCAUAUCACAUUCAAAGCUGACCUGGGAAUAAUUAUUUUUAAAGGACACCACAGAUUUCUCGGUACUCCAAGAAAGCACCUGCUGCUAAAAAUCUGAAAUAUAAAGUGGAAACAGAUACAGCUGAGACAAAUGAUAUGGGAGAGACAAAGAAUGGGGAAUUACAGGGAUCUAGUUCUGCUCCUGAUAUAGAAAACAAGCAAGAGUGAGUGUUAGGUUAAAGUAGUUUGUGAAGAAUAUUAAUAUACAGUGAUAUUAAGAAUAGAUAUUGGGUUAGACAUGGUGGCAUGAUGAUUAGGAAGCUUGAGUGUGGUCUGAGUGGACAAGACUCCAGCUCUGGCUAUUUUCAUCAUUUUCUUGGGUGAAACACUAGCACUUAACUCUCACAUUGCAUUCCCAAAUAUUAAUAUGAUUAAUUACUAAGAGGGAAACCUGAAAAAAUGCUGGCAAUUAAGCUGUAUCUUAUCCAGGGAAGAGAGCAAUGCCCAUAUUCACUUCAUAUUGUGGGACUUGAAUUUGUUAUGGUAUAAUUUAAUCAAUAGAAGAAACACUGCAAUCCUACAGACUCAACUACUCUUUUAAAUAAUUUGUAGUAUUCUUAAUAGGGAGCAAAUCCUUAAGUCAGUACAGUAAUUAUCUUCAAUAAACCUGCUUAAGCCCACUACAGUCUAUACCUUAGCUCACCACUGACACAAUAUCACAGUUUUCUCCAAAUUUCCUUAAAAUGAACAAUGGCUCUCUCUGAUUAGCUUUCCAAACAGUCGUUCACUUCCAACAACUACUACUAUUUUAGAGUCCUUAUAUACAUAUAUACAUUAACUUUACACAGUAUUCUUGAACAUUCCGGAAGCUUACAUGUACAACACCACUAUUUUGAUAACAUUACAUCAUUAUUACCUGACCUAAUAAAAUGUUUCGGAAAGUUCCAUCAUGGUAUGCAUGUCAGCAUGACUAAGCAUUCUUGAAAUUUGUAGAUAUUUAUCUUACAAUUGUUAUCCAUAACAGAGUAAGCACUGCAUGCUGAUACUAAGAGCCACACAAAAUUGUCCAAAGGUUAAGGUGGCUCUGAAUCAUUAAUCAUUUUUACAGACUAAAUUAAAUAAACAUAGAACUAGUAAAUCCAAGGGCUUAUGAAACCAAUCAGACAAAAAUUUUUCUGUUUUUUUUUUUUAUUAUUUUGAAUUUUUAUUUUGCUAUUCUGUUCAGUUAUUUCAUACUUUCUCUCUCUUUUGUUGAAGGAACAAUGAUCGUCCAAUUCUGAUCCCUCUUCCAUAUGUCAGAUCAGAUGUCAGUUUAACAACAAUUACAAAACAGCAAAAUCAGACUUACCAUGUACCUUACAUGUAUAGCAGUAGGAAUACCCAGGCAGUCCUGAGGCAGCCUUCUACACUCAGUAAUACUGCAGUACCUGCAGUCAUAAACUUUAAUCCAAUGAAUAUACCUGAACUUCCUCACUCAGGAGCAAAGAAUAGUAUACCUAGUAGAGGUGUUGUCACAGUAACUUUAACAAACAAGUCCAGCAAUAAUACAGAAAAUGUGGGUCACAAUCCUAUGCCUGCUCCAUAUGUCUCCCCCAGUCCUUUUAAAGGCACCACACCCAAUCAGACACCAGCAACACCAGCAUUAGUUGUUGGAAGGAGUGACAUGUUAAACAAACUGGAAGUUGAGAGUGUGGACUCUGAAGUGGAUUACUCUGCUCAUGGAGUUCAGGAAAGCUUAACCAAUAAUCAGGGAGAAGAGAAGACAGCUUCAAAUCAGACAGAAGAUGCUACUAGCAAAAAUCUUGAUGAAGAAAUGGUGGCAAGUGAAAUUAGGCUAAGUGUUACUACAGAGGGAGGCCUACAGGGUGGUGUGGAAAUUUAUGAUUAUACUAAAAGAGGUAGAUGUUUUGAUAUUAUUGUCUUGGUUAAAUAGUUAAAUUUUUUACAUAACCUGUAGGCAUGCAAAAUGUUUUAUUCAACUAAAGGUAGUGUAUUUUUGCAGCAUUUUUGCAGUAUUUUAUAUGUGGAAAUUUUUUCUCUGGAUGGGGAACUUAGAGUGUUUCUCUGUUCUUUUUCUUCUUACUUUAUAACUAUUUUAUUGAAUUCACUGAAGUGUACCUGCUACUUGCAGUUCCUCUGUUUUUGCCCAAAAAAAUUAUUAUUUUGUUAUCUUAUUUCACUGUAAACUGUGGUUUAACUCUUUUACUGAUAAAAUCUGAGGAGUGUACAAUACUAUUCCUUGGUACAGGUAAGUAAUUUAAUGUUAACAACUGAGUUGAAAAUGUAAAUUAGCCAAUGUAAAGGGUAAAAAAGCUGACACUUCAAGCAUUAGCCCUUCGUCAGAGCGAAGUCUGACGAAAGGCUGACGCUUGAAUUGUCAGCUUUUUUACCCUUUACGGUGGUCAAUUUACGUUUUUGACUCAGUUGUUAACACUAAAUUACCUGCUAUACUCUCCCAUCGAUGCAACACCACAGUUUCUUAAGAAACUUACCCCCUUUAUUCACUUGGUACAGGUAGAUUGGGUGACUCUACAGUCAAACAAAAGGCACAGUUAAAUUAAUACUUUUGAGUGUUCAAUGAACAGCUAGGUCUCAAUAACAAUUAGAGUUCCAAGUGUAAUCAUCUGCCAUGUGAUGUACUUUUUGUUCAUGGAAAAUCAUGAGACCAUCACAUUUGAUAGACCUGUGAACUUCAAAUAUCAUAUCAUUAGUUGAUUCUUGCCUGGAACAUUCUUCCUCAAUUUGGAACAAUUAUGUUUUUUUUAGACAUUGAGAGUGAACAACAAGCUGCAAAACAUCUUGAGGUAAGUUACAGGCUAUAUCUUUCUCACUGUGUGAAAUUUUCUCUGUUACAAACACUUAGUUGUGACCAGAAUGAGUAAGUAGAGCCAAAAGAGUCAAGCAGUCUUUCAAUUUAUUUUAAUCCAAUUUUCCAAAGAUUGGGUGUCAUUUUCACUUGGACCUUCUAAAAAGCCUAUAGUAAUGUUUUCUUCAGAUAUGGUGAUACUGUUGCAUACUUGGCCACAAACUGUAUGCCAUUCACUCUAUCUGUGUUCACUCCCUUAAAUAUUUACUUUUUGAGAAAAACUUAGCAUUUGAUUAACUAGAGAAUGUACACAACCUUACUAACUCCAUUGUUAAAACAUUUCUAUUAUUUUUUGCCAAAAAAAAAGACCCAUGACAAGUAAGGCUGUGGGAGUUUCAACAUGGGCAUUUUCUGGAAUAUAAAGGGCAACCAGGAAAAUAUUUCAUAGCCAAGUCAAUUUAUGUUUUCAAACAAGAGCCCUCGUAAAAGUUCAGCUGUGUUAAUUGAGACUGAAACAAAAUGAAAUGUUAUGUAUAUUGUUUCAGCAAGAACCAAAAAAAUGACUCUUACGUAAUCACAAUAACCAUGAAACAUUGUGUAGUGAUGAGUUGUGUACACAUUUGUCUUUUUAUUCAUUAACUUUACAGGAGUUUGAGAAAAUUGGAGAGAAACAUAUAAAAGAGUACAAUGAUCUUCUUGAGGAGCAUCAGCAUAUUUUGGAUGAGGUCAAACAACUUGAACAAGAACUUCGCAAAGAGGAAAUUCAAUAGCCAGAUAUUUUUAUUAUUAAUGUGUCACAAGAAUUAAGCAAAACAGUCUCCCAUGAAUAGAUUGUUUCACUAGCCUCCAGCCUUAAUCACCUUGGUCAGAUUUGUUUUCCUUUUGCAUUGAAGAAUUUUUACCAAAAGUAAUUUUUUUGCACCAUUGAUAUCUAGCUCCUACCCCCCCUCCUCCUCCUUUUUUAUUGUUAGUUAGCCACAGUAUUAAGACAAGGAAAUAAUUUUUUGACCUUGAUUUUACCAAAUUUAUUAUCAAUAAGAAACUUCAUUCAGCUCAAGGAGACAUGUCUCCUUGAAGCUUUGAUUAUCAGCUAAUUAUUGUCAAUAUUUCAAUUAUUAGAAACCUAUAGCACAAACUUUUUUGUUUUUCUUUAAAAAACUCUAUUAAUUAGGAAGUGGAAUAUAAACACAAUUUAAAAUGCUUUAUAAGUGUGAGAAAAAUACAAUUUGAAAGAAACUUUUCCUAAAUCACAAAAUAAUUUUAAUACUUUAAAGGGAAUUAGUUAUGGGGAAUCUUCAGAGUUGGUGGCAAGAGUUAUUUGUUAAAGAAGCUUUUUCAAAUUUAAGUUCUGGAUUAGCGAUUGUUGUCUAUUCAGUAUCCAAAGUACCAUCUAGAACUUGUUCUAAGCACUGUAUCUUCUUGAUUCCAUUGCCUGAUCAGGACGACCACUUAACAUUUGAUGCAGAAAACUGAAAAUUGUAAUUAGAGGCAAAAAAUUUUUAGCAACUGCUAAAUGAUUGAUGAGAUGAUUUUUUGAAAUUUGCAUCUUUCUAAAAGAUGUUGUGUAACAUUUUAAGAAAUACAGUGCUAGGAUACAUUUUGGUAUUAAUAUAGCAUUUGGUGACUAAGCUUCAAGAUCCCUCCACAUGAUGGCAUGAAUUAAAACUAUCUUCUUAGUAUUAUUUAAGACAGUGAGAAAUUUGCAAUAAACUGUGUAACAAUGCUAGGGCUCUGAAUAUCUUUCUCAACAUGAUCUUGGCUUUGUCACUUUUUAAAUUUUUGUUUACUGUGAGCCCUCUCUGUGUCUGGGCAGGUAUAGAGGUGGCUGCAGAUUUUAUGUGGGUUAUGUUUAAGCCAAUCAUAAGUUGGCUUCUCUUCACAAGAUCUUUCUAAAGGGCAAUAGUAAAGGAUGGGAUCUAGGGUGCAAAAUUUCAUCUCUUGUUUAUACCUGUUAUCAAGGCUUCAGGUUAAGUCUUGCAAACUUAUGAUAGGAGGGCAAGGCAGAGAACCAAAAGUUACCACAAUAAGGAAAUUAUAUUUUAAAGAAUAUGUGUAUAUGACUUGACAACAAGGAUAUUAAUGUUUUCUAAAACUGUCAAUUUAUUGUGAUUGCUAUGUUUCUUUUCUUGAUUACUGCCCUAUUUGUUAAAGGAAG